CUUAGUUUGUUGACGUGUUUUUUGAAAAAAAUAUCUAACGCAGUACGUAAAUAUAUUCCGCGUAAAUAUAAUUUAGGCAUUCUACUUGUGUAAAAAUCUUGUCAAUGCGGAACAAAUGCGCUGUACGUUUGUAGCCUGAGAUACUAUGUUCAGUUCAGUCAGACAGGUUUAGGUUUAAAACAGGAAGAAGCGUGGUUAAGUUAUUGAUCAUUACUACACAUCGUGUUACAACUGCGUCCACUAAUUUGAACUUUUAGUUGUGUGGUAAUGAUAAUGUUUGAUGCUGCCAUUAGCAGUUCAUUCAGCUAUAAUUUGAAAUUUACAGUUUCACUUAAAGACCAGUUAGAAAUGAGACCACUAAAAAGAAGUUACAAUUAAGAAUAAUGGGGAAAUGUUCGUUUCAUUCAAGGGAAGAUUUAUAAAAUGAUGACUGGAAUUACAGACAGACGUUGAUCCACAAGAAAAACACAUCUGAUCAAGUCUACCUUCUUUGUAACCGUUCUUAUUUCGUGCGCUAGUUCCUAGUGCAUUAAAGUCCUUAGCGUACUCCUUAAAAGUGAAAACACAACACCGCUAAAGCAAUCACUGGCAUUAUUUUGUCUCAAGUAAAUAUGGCAUUUCCUUUACCGGAACCGAAGAAACCAGAACUCCCGUCCAAACUAAUCCGUACUAUCGAAUGCAAGCAGGGGGCAGUCCGAGCGGUUCGUUUUAAUGUGGACUGCAAUUAUUGUAUGACAUGUGGCAGUGACAAAUCUCUGAAGCUGUGGAACCCGUACAAAGGAAGCCUGCUGAAGACAUAUACUGGACAUGGCUAUGAGGUGCUGGACACAGCAGGGUCAUAUGACAACAGUCAGCUGUGUUCCUGUGGGUCAGAUAAAACCGUGAUCCUCUGGGAUGUGGCAACAGGACAGGUGAUUAGGAAACUGCGAGGUCAUGCAGGGAAAGUCAACUGUGUUCAGUUCAAUGAGGAAUCAACAGUUAUAAUUUCAGGUUCAAUUGACUGCAGCAUUCGGUGUUGGGAUUGCCGUUCUCGUAAGCCAAAUCCCAUCCAGAUUUUAAAUGAAGCAAAAGAUGGCGUCUCCAGUAUUAAAGUAUCUGAUCAUGAAAUUCUGUCAGGGUCAGUGGAUGGUCGAGUGCGACGGUAUGACCUGCGCAUGGGUCAACUUUAUACAGAUUACAUUGGAAGUCCAAUAACGAGUGUUUGCUUUACCAAGGAUGGGCAGUGCACAUUGAGCUCCAGCCUGGAUUCCACACUACGCCUUCUGGAUAAAGACACUGGCGAGCUGUUGGGAGAGUAUUCUGGUCAUAAGCAUAAUCACUACAAGCUGGACUGUACUCUCAAUGAAAAGGACACACAUGUUGUGAGCUGCUCUGAGGAUGGCAACGUCUACUUCUGGGACUUGGUUGAGGGUUCUCUGACACUAAACAUGCCAGUUGGGAAAUGUGUGGUGCAGUCUCUAGCCUAUCACCGUGAAGAACCUUGUCUACUCACUGCCACAGAAGGAGUGAUACAGUUAUGGAGAGAGCAGUCUUAUGCGAUGGAAGAUGCAGCAGUUAGUGCACCUUCAUAAUACAUGAUCUGUUAUGGGACUGCGAAAAAGACUGCCAGAUGUAGUACAUGACAGGGAUGUUUUCAACAAAGAAACUCAUGAGUCGUGUGCUGAACAAAGCACAGCCAACCAACACAGUUUUCUAAGUUCCUGUGCCAUGACUACUGCAGUGUUCAUUAUAAACCCUAAAAAAAAAUGCACAUUCUGUAUGCAGCGUCUAAAAGUUCAUAUAACAUGCCAUUUAUGUUGCACUAAAAAGGGGGUUAUAUUACCACAGGAAAAAUCAGUAUAAAUAAAGUAUCUUUGUAAAAAAAA